UUCAUCAAAAUUAACUGUAAAUUGUAAUAUAAAUAAAUAUAAAGAAUUUACACUAAAUAUAAUAACACUAAUUUAUUUAAACUCACAAUGAAAGACGCUAAGCCCUUCCCCGCACUUAAAAAUGACAAUUUGUUACGUGCCGCACGCGGCGAUGUCGUGGAUCGUGUGCCAGUUUGGGUGAUGCGACAAGCGGGACGCUACUUGCCGGAGUUCCAGGAGCUACGUAAGCAGCAUGAUUUCUUUACAGUUUGUCGCACACCUGAGUUGGCCUGUGAGGUGACCAUGCAGCCGUUACGGCGCUUCGAUCUGGAUGCUUCUAUUAUAUUUUCGGAUAUAUUGGUUAUACCCCAGGCGUUGGGAUUAACAGUUGAGAUGCAUGCUGGUGUGGGACCUGUGCUGCCACAGCCACUUAGUACUCCCGAGGACUUAAAACGGCUGACACCGGAUGGUGCAUUGUCGCGACUAAGCUAUGUGGGAGAUGCGAUUACCAUGAUGCGCCACAAACUAGAUGGGCGUGUGCCACUGAUUGGUUUUACUGGUGCACCUUGGACUCUAAUGGGCUACAUGAUUGAAGGCGGCGGCAGCAAGACCAUGUCUAAAUCCAAGGCCUGGUUAACAGAGUACCCAGAAGACUCCAAGCUGCUGCUAAAUCUGCUCACUGAUACUAUUGUGGAUUAUUUGGAAAUGCAGGUCAAGUCGGGAGCACAGAUGUUACAGGUAUUUGAGUCAUCUGCGGAGCAUCUCAGCAAAGAGGAGUUUUUGGUUUGGGCAGUGCCUUAUUUGCGUCGCAUACGAAAUGAUCUUGUGGAUCGGCUGACAAAGAAAGGACUGGAAGUGGUGCCCAUUACUCUUUUUGCUAAGGGUGCUGGACACUCGCUAAAAGAGCAGAGCGACUUGGGAUACGAUGUUAUUGGCCUCGAUUGGACUGUGGAUCCGAGAGAGGCACGUGAGCAGGUCGGACCAAAUAUAACACUUCAAGGUAAUUUGGAUCCUCAGGAUAUGUACCGUGAUCCUGAAGAGUUGCGUAAUCUGACCACUGAAAUGGUGCACAAAUUUGGAAAAUCUCGGUACAUCGCCAAUCUGGGACAUGGCAUUACCCCACAAACUCCAAUCACAAGCAUGGAGGUGCUUGUAGAGGCCGUGCAUCAAGCAUUAUAAUUCACAUACAUAUGCCUUUUUUAUCGUUAGUGUUAUAAAGACAGCUUAGCUUUUGGUUAGGGGAAUAAAAUGUUAACAUUUUCAAUUGUU